AUGGCCUCCGCGGAUGUGGUCGUUCUAUCGGUGAAGGUUGCGAAGCAGCGCAAGCCUCGUGCACCACAGCUGCGGAAGGCAGACAAGCUGGCAGGCACCUUUAGAGGCCAAGACCAAGACAUGCAACAGGAGCUCCAGGUGAAGGAUGAAGUGAAGGAAGAAGUUGAGGACAUGAAGAAAGAGGUGACAGAGGAGGGCUCGACGAAUCGACGACAGAAAGUGAAAAGUGAGAUCAAGGAGGAGUCUCCGAAGGACAUGAUGGAACAAAAAGCAGAAGAGGAGAUCACACAGAAGGACAUCAAGCAGGAGGUCAAGCAGGAGGUCAAGGAGGAGGUUUCGAAAGAUGCACCUAUGGAAGUGAAGAAGGAGGACAGUGAGGUGAAGGUUGGGAUCAAGCAUGAAGUGAAGCAGCAGGACCAGGAGUGGCCAAGCCAGUUGCCUGACAUGAAACUGGAGCGCGUCGAUGAUCAGACUGGCAUAAAGCAGGAGGAAGUCGAUGAGGUGCACGUUAAGCAAGAGAACUUUGAGCAGCCUGGGCCGAAGAGGCGUCGAUUGAGUCAGAAGAGUCCGGACAUCUCAGUUCCAUCCUUCAAGUCGCGAGUGACAGAGUGGGCCGAGAAAUGCCUAGCAUUUCAAUCCUCUGGCAAGACGUGGCUCCCCACGAAGCCCUGCUGUCCGGCCAGCCCGUUUCUCGGAUUAGCCGCAGCUCCGUGGCAAGGAUGUGUAAGAGACACAACAACAGCAUGCGUGCAGCUCCUCGGCAAAGAGCAGUUCAGAGAGUUGCGCGACUUCUACCGCGAGAAUCCACACCAUGCUCUCUUCCAUGACAACAGUGACCCAAGCAGCGAGGGACACGCAGUGACCACUGCUGGAUCCAGGCCGCAGCCCCACAGGAGCUCAACCGGCAAUCAGCACCGAGCAGCUGAGUGCAUGAAGAUGUGGCCUUGGAUGCGGGACCUUCCGACUCGAGCUUGGGCCGGCAAUGGCUGGCUGCUCGUGGAGGACGGCAUGAUGAAGCUCUCACCAACCGGCGGGGGCUCCGCCAUGCAAGGCCUCGAGAUCUUCGAGUCCGUGGGCUCCGUCCCGGAACUUGGCGAGCAGAAGCCCUUGGAGUCGACGAGCCAGGUGGAGCCCAGAGCUGAGGGCGAACAAGUCGUCACAAGGAGCUUCCGCGGCCUGGAGCGCCAGAGCGGCGUGCAGAAUAUCCACUGGGACAGACCGAUGGCCUUGUGGAUAUUAUCUUGGAGGGAGGCUGGCAAGCGCAAGAGGCUGGCCUUCUCCGUCUCCAAGCACAUGAAGCUCGGCUUCAGCGAGGCUGAAGCCUCGGAGACCGCCCUCGAGGAGGCCAAGGCUUUCCGCGACGAGCUCGUGACCCUGGGCAAGCUGAAGCCCCCAACGCCCAUCACGCAGAAGGCCUCUGGUUCCCUGCUGCGCGGCAUUAAGUACGACAAAAGAAGAGGAACCUACCAGGUCAGGAUCGCAGACCCCUCCACUAACAAGAGAGUGCACGGUGGCAUGUUCAAGGUGAAGGCGGAGGCCGAGGCCAGGGCUCGAGAGCUGGCCAAGGAGUUGGGGCUGCAGGAGGAGGUGGUGCCCGUGAAGCCUCUCUCGGAGCUCCCGAAUUUCGAGCCGCUUGGGCCGCAGAAGGGCAUCAGAUGGGUCCCCGGUGAGCAGGCCUGGCAUGCAAGAUGCCAAGGCAAGCACAUGAGGUUCCGCCCCAAGGACUUCUCGCCAAAGGAGGCCGAGAAGGCCUGGAAGCAGGCGGUGGCCUGGCGCAAGCAGCAGGAGAAGGAUCGGGCUGAACAGCCCCGUAAGCGAAGAAGAGGACGCGAGUGA